CAUAUCGUGCGCGUAGAGUUACAAUUGUGACAAGACUGGGGCCCCAUUUACAACAUCGUCAAACCUUAAGGUAAGCGAGAGCAGGAAAUGGUGUUGAUUAUUCAAACGAGCGCGUUUAUAAAGCAAUUGGACAUCCCUCAACAUGCGAGCACUUUAACAUUCCUACUGAUUGCGUGGGACCGAUUACGUUACGUUCGCAACCCAUCGAAGCCACGUCUACCAGCAUGCGUGUGUGUAAUUGGAACAUGGCUUACAGCACUCUGCUUAGUAUUACCGUAUCCUAUAUACAUUACUUACAUCGAUUUAGGGAAACACCUAAAUACUCUAAAUGGAGUUGGAAUCUGUAUCGUAAAUUUAGCAGAUGACAUGCAAGAAUACAUGAGAGGAAUUUUCCUUGUAAUGUAUGCGGGACCACUGGCAACUAUAUGCUAUUUGCAUGUGAAAAUAUCAAGAGAACUUCAAAGUCAAGAAGGCUCCCUGGCAGUUGUCAUGUUCGAAACCAGAAGUCGAGAAAGUCGUUCAAGAACCGACUCUCACUCCACCACAACAGAUUUUCGCGGUAGCCGAGUGGAAAGUGACGGUAUAAGCCAAUUUAGUAGAGGAAGUUUUCGUGAUCGCGAAGGCAGUCGAGCCCGUUAUGAAAUAUAUGAGAGCGAAUUGGACGUUCCAAAGGAAAAGAGAACUCAGAAAUAUCUUGUGUCCAUGGUUACAAUGUAUGCGAUAUUUUUAUGUCCAUUAAUGGUUCUUCGGCUUGCAAGGCUUGCGCUAUUAGAAACGUACGAUAAUAGUGGCCAUUUUGAUAUCACUUAUACGACUUUAGUUUGGUUCGCCUUCCUGCCAACAUGUUCCACGCCACUUUUGUUUACGUCUUGGCAGAUGAGUCGGUCGGCAAAAGAACGACUUCGUGGGUACUUCCGCUUUAGUAAUCGGAAAUUGAGGCAGUCAUGCGAAGCGGUAAUUACCGCCGCAGGAGGCACACCGGCCAGAAGACCUCGUGCCAGCUCACGUCAAGGGGACCUUUUAGUACGGCGCAGCGAAGACGGGCACUCUGAAAGCUACAGUUUCCAUCAAGAUUUGGUUUCCUGAUUACAUACGAAGAAAAUUCGGGAAUCGUUAUCUAAAAUUCACCAUGGCCGAUCAGAGCACUUAAUCUGAAUAAGCUGGUUUCUCAGGCGUACAACAGUAGGUCUCUGAAUGUGUUACCUAAUUUAAUUUUAAGGACUAAAAUUGGGUUUUUAUAUUUAUACGUAAAUUGUAAUUUUGACUUUCACAAUUUUUAUACAGUUUGAGUACCUUUAUUAUACAGAAUUUGAUACAGAGGAAUGUCGCUACACUUAAAAUUUUAUAUAAGAUAUUAUUCAGCAAGUAGUACCAACUACCAAAAUGUGAUUUUUAGUAUUAGGUAGAUCAUGUUUAAAUAGCUCCAUGUAAUCGCUGGCUACAAUAGGUAGGUAUAUUCCAAUUUGAUAGAGUUAAAACUCGUCCAAAAAUUUGUGUUAGUAAGGAUUUGGUUGUUGUUUAUGUACAUACAGUGUAGCCAAGAUAAGAUAACAGCAUGGGAGAAUUGGAAACCAUAAGAGAUACACAUGAACUUCAUACUUUUAUAUGGACCGGGGAAAAAGUACAUACUAUAUUGAGUAGAAUUUUUUAUUACGAAUACAAUGAUGACAAUAUGAUUCUUUAUUAGGUAUGUGGUUUACAGGAACCAUCAAUCAAUUGUUUUGACAUUUUUCGCCUACUAGAUACACCAAAAUGUAAUAACAAGCUAUUUUUCUGACGUAAAUGGUAAACCAUUUUUAAAAUUUUGGUGUAGUAACCGUUCACAAAAUCUCCAAAUAAUUCAUUCAUGGUUCGUUUACAUGACAUAAUAAAGAAUCAUCUUGUGCCAUCGUUGUAUAUUAGUAAUAAAAAAUGCUACUCAAUACAGUAUGUACUUUUUCCAGAUCAUACACAAAUAUGAAGUUGAUGAUGGUUGCAGGGUUGCAGUCGCAGUGAAAAUCUGUGAGAAAUAUCUUGUAGAGCUUACAAAGUUCCUAUGAAAGCGUUAGUUGUUUCUUGAUAUGUGUUCAAACAGUGUACCGUAAACCAAUGAGCCCGAGGGAACAUCAGUCCGGGACCGUAAAUUUGGAAAAGAGAGAAUUGGCCAACAACCAAGCUUCACUUGUACACAAAAUUGAUGAAAAAUAGUUAAUGAAAAUUUAUUUAUAUAAGGUUAACCUAACAGAUAAAUAUGGGUUAUACUCCAUGGAGUUACUAAAUUACAAAAGGUAUACUAGGACGCUGAGGCUAAUCAAAGGUGUAAUGGUCAUCGAAGAUCGUUGAUAAAAUUCUUUCGUAAUCGUGGAUAGGUUGGUAUUCGUUUCUUUGAUGCGGUAUGACGGUGUGCACACCUGGUGAUUGGACGCGUCAAAAUGGAGAGUGCCGUAUGGGAGCGACCCUUUACGGCUACGGAGUAGUCGGCAGUUUAUCUCCGUGAAUCGGUGAACUGGUACCAUCAGAUAAUGCCGAAACGACCUCAACGUCCUCAAGGAUUAUUAGCUUGCCUCACUUGUACACAGCUAACACUAUUUAUUACAUUUAAAUUUAAUAAAGCUUGAUUGAAAGGCGACUAGCCUGAACGGUGACCGAUUUGUAAAAGGAAACGUAUAACGAGGUAGGUACGAGAUCUGCGUGGUAUGAUUCUCCGUACAGCGAUAAUGCCAAAUAUUUAUCAAUUGAUAUUUGUGCAUUUUCCUGAAUAUACAAGGUGUGUCGUACCAACAGGGUCAGAAAAAAAUAAAAAUGAAUAUGGUUAAUUUUGGUUUUGUUUUUAAAAUAUUUUCGGUACUGAUCGGAAUUUUCGAAUUUUUAAAACAUGAUUUUACUAAGCCCUGAAGUACACAACUUUUUCCUAAUUUAACCGACUGUGUAUCUCUAUGGUUUCUGAUUUCCUGAUGCUGUUCAUUCUUAUAUAGACACACUGUAUAGGGUAGGUAAGUAAUAUUGCUCACAUCUUCUGAAUCAUCGAACUAAACCGAACAUAUAUAGCAUAUAUAAUCAAUAAUACUCGUAGAUACAUGAUGAUGUUACGCAGUAGGUACAUUUUAAAACAAAACAAACUUUUGGACGUGCUAUGUAACUUAAGUGGCAAAUUAAGAACCCUUUUGUGCAAAAACCCAUUCUGUGUUAUUAAAAGAAUAGAUGUAGGUAUCUACAGAAUGUGUUACAUUAUCAAUAGUAGGUAAUUGUUGAAAUAGUAGUAAUUGGAAUGAUAUAUCACCUACUGUGUAUUGCAUCUAGAAUCGGAAUUAUUGCUAACUUCCUUAUUAUUGAAGAUACUGUCCGUUAUAUAACCAAAUAUAACGUAUUUUUUCUUAGGAUUGCGAUGGUCAAAUUUUGAACAUAAAACUAGGGGCAUAUUCAGCAAAAUAUCAUUUUUUAACGGACACUAUGUUUUUCAUAUGUUGAAAUAAAAUAAAACUGAGGAUAAAAAAACAACAAUUAAUUAAUCGCAGGGGUCAAAGCAUUAAACAUGCAAUGUAAAAAAAUUAAUUUUAAGGCACAGCUUAUAGCUACGAUAGUUUGCUUUUUUUAGGUUCUUUGUACCGAUACAAAAAAGGAUUUUUAGCGUCGAGUUUUAAACGAGACUGUUAUGCUUUCUCCCAAUCGUCCGAUCGCACGCUCGAUGGCUUUAUGUCCAUCAAUUUAAAAGAGAACGGAUGAACAGAUUACGAUUAAAGUUUGCAGGUGGAUUCUUUGUAAAAUUUGGAGAUCGGAGUUCGUGAAUUGGUAAUGUAGGUCCAAAAAUAAGGAAGGCUCUCUCCGUUAGUUAUGAACUGAAAUGCAUGAAAUAAAAAUAAAAGUAGUAAGUAAACAGUUCUUCGAUGAUCGAUCGGUCAAACAGUCAUCACAAAGUGAUCCAUCUUUCAGGCUGAUCAUUUUCAGUUUUUCAUGAAAAACUAGUGUCCCUUAGAAAGUUACAUAUUUCAAAAUAUACGUGACGCAGAGAUUCAUGAUUUUAAUAUCUACAGAUCAAAAGAUUAUGGACGUUCGAUUAUUUUUAUCACAAUUUCCUGGUGUUUUGAAACAAAUUGAACCUGCUGUGAUAGUUGAUCUGUGGAUAUUAAUAAAUGAUGAGUAUCUCUACGUCAUAUUGUCAAUUUUGAAAUAUGAAACUUUCUAAGGGACAAUAGUUCACCACGAAAAAUGAAAAAUUGAAAACUAUGCUCUGCUAAAUGCCUAAAAGAAAAAUAUGUAAAAAUAUACAUGUUUGAUUUACAUAAAUGUUAAUUUGUUGAAUAUCUCGAUAAUCCGAUACUCCAAUCGAAGUAGGUAAGUUAGCAAUAGUUCUGAAUGCAUUUGGAAUACACUGUAUAGAGGAGGGAUUGUUUUAAACGAGGCAGUUCAAGAAUAUUUUAUUGUACUAGUACACGUUGUAAUUUUGUAUUGACGUUAAUAAAUAAUU